AUGUCUCCCCAAAGACCAAGCCUACCAAGGCUCAUGACCGACUUGUCCCACGACUCACCAGACCAACUCAUAGAAGCGAUAGCCUCAACACUGUCAAUAUCGCGCGAAGACAUUCUUCUCUUUGAUUCAUUCACCGAACUAGGCGGCGAUGAAGAAGCAGCAGAACUCGUCCGUCAAACAUGUCAAAGCAAAGGUUUUGAUAUCAAAAGCGACGACAUAAUGGCGUGUCAAACACUAGCCGAGCUUCAGACAAGAUGCACCCCGAAAUCCAACGCCAGGUCUGACUCGGUAGACUCUUAUUCCUCGUCGUCCAGCGGAAGUGUUGGGGGGGUUAACGUUAACGUUAGUGGUAGGGCUGCAGGGGGAAGCUCAGCAGCAGUGGACCCUAAUUUGGAGAGCUUACUGGAGUCAUUUCCCAGCGUCAGCAGCGUGUGCAUGGUCUGGCCCAGAGCAGGCCCAUUCGACGGCCAACUCGUUGCUCUUAUUAAGAUCGGCUCUACGACCUCUAAACCUCUACCUAUCGACUUUGUCAGGGACGAGAUUUCUUCACUUCGCAUGGCCGUGCAGCAGCCCCAGAUAUGGAUUCCCGCCGACUUUGACUUUGACUUGGGCGACAGACGUGGCGCGCAAACAUGGGUGCAGAACAUGGACGAGAUUACCUACAAGGAAGUCAUGAAGCUUCAGAUUCCUACGCGACGGCGGGUGGUGACGAGGGAGGUGAGUAGCAGGGUGGGGAGUGAGGAUCUGGAGGUGUUUCCGAUGAGUGCGAUGCAGCGGGUUUAUCUGGCUGCUGUUGGGGAUGAGAGUCGGUGGACGAAGGGUUUGAUGGUUAGGGUGAAAGGCGGUGCGGAGCCCGUUGAUGUGGACGCUGCGAUUGAAGCCAUCGUCGCUCGGCAUGACAUGCUCAGAGCACGAUUCGUCAAGGGCGAUGAGUGGAUGCAGUGUGUUACUCCCAACGGCACGAAUUCUUACACUCUUUCGCAUCACGUUGAUGUCGGGGAGGACGAGAUGCUCACACUCAUCAACGAAACUGAAGAAGCGAUUGAUCCAUUCGAUGGUCCCGUUUUUGCGGCAAUGUACAUUCACAACCAGGACAAGCAGAUGCUAUACCUCGUGGCGCACCAACUCAUCCUCGAUUCACUUUCCUGGAGGAUCAUUCUCAGCGAUCUGGAAGAGUUGCUCCAAAAAGGCACGCUUUUGUCGGAAGGCAGUGUGUCGUUUGAGCGGUGGAUCGAACAUCAGGGCCAUGAGAUGGAGCAGAGGUUAUUUGAGCAGACACUUCCUUUUGAUGUCUUCUCUGCGGAUCUGGAGUAUUGGGAUCUGGAUCACCAAGAGAAUACAUACGGAAUCUCAGACCGCGUGUCGUUUCAAAUCACCGCGGAGCAGGCGUAUUCUCUAGAGCAAUCGUCAGCGCAGGUGUUGAGAACGGAUUCGGCAGAUGUGAUACUCGCUGCAUUACUCCUCUCGUUCUGCCAGGUCUUUCCUGAUAGAGUGCUACCGACGUUGUGGAAGCAGGAAAAUGGACGGGAUGCUUCAGAGGGGGAUUUCAACAUCUUGGAAACGGUUGGAUGGUUCGCUUCACUGUGUCCCAUGGGCGUGUCUGUUAAUCCAGAUACGGAUUUGAUCGGGGUUAUUACUUUGAUCAAGGAUACGAGGAGGAGUAUUCCAAGAUCAGGGGUGCCGUUCUUCAAUUCUGAGUUUUCAUCAUCGCAAGGCGCUGCGAUGAACAUCCCCCUCGAAAUCAUCUUCAACACAAUCGACACCGCGAAACAACUUCAACGAAAGAAUGGAUUGUUAGAACCUAUCGCUAUACCUGGCCAAUCUCAUUUUAAAUCCACCACCGGAUCCGACGUCGGAAGAAUCGCUUUGUUUGAAGUCUCAGCGAUGAUGGAUAACUCUGGAGGUCAGAUCGACGUGGUGUACAACAAAACCUGCAAAUUCCAGGAUAAGAUCCAGACGUGGAUUCAAGUCUUUGAGUAUCAACUCCUCGAAGCCAUCACAAAACUCGAAUCCCACGAACCACAACUCACACUCUCCGACAUUCCUUUAAUCCAAUCGUCGUACCAAGCUCUUGAGCGACUCACAUCAGAUCGAAGGAUCAACAUCAAAGACAUUGAGACGAUACAGCCCAUCACACCAGCCCAGCAAGAACUCCUCAUCGCACAAUCGCAAAUCAGCGAAUCUUUUUACGUCCACGUCUCUUAUGAACUCACAGGCUUGAGUCACAUUAUCGAUGUCACGAGGUUAUGUGAGGCUUGGGAGGUCAUCGUUGCUAACACACCUGCUCUGCGGAGUAUCUUUAUCGAUGCUAUUUCGAGAGAGGGCUUGUUUGAUCAAGUUGUGCUGAAAAAGAUUUCACCGAAUAUUUUAUUCAUUGAGACGAUGGACCCGAGAGAAGCGAUUGGGACGUUGCCAGGGUUGAAUAUGGGGUUUGGAGAGCCGAGACAUAGACUCUCGGUGUGUUAUAACCCUGAGGGGAUGGUUGUGAGGCUCGAUGCUAGCCAGGCACUCUGCGAUUUACCGAGUCUUCAUCUCUUGAUAACAGAACUGAGCCGUGUAUACUCGGGUCAAGAUCCACAGGACAACUCAUCGCUUCACAACACAUAUCUCCACCAAAUAGCCUCCAUCGACACAGCCUACAGUCUCGAAGUAUGGAAAACGAGCCUCUCCUACGCAAGACCAUGCAUCUUCCCACCGCUCUCAGCAAACACAAAGGAUAUCUUGCACACCACCCCCUUUGAUCUCGACAUCCCGACCAUGCAGAUGCGCAUGUUCUGCCAACAGAACCAAGUCCACGCCCAAGCUGUCUUCCAACUUGCCUGGGCUCUCGUCCUUCGUGCCUUUGUAGGCAUGGACGCUGUUACCUUUGGGUAUCAGUUCUCCGCACGUGAUGAGCAGCUCCUCUGUGGGAUUGAAGAAAUGGUCGGUAGUUUUGCGACCAUUUUGCCGUGCUAUGUCGAGAUGCCGCCUCCUGCUUCGCUGGGACAGUGUCUUGCUGUUGUGGGUGAAGGGUAUGCUAAUGCGAGGAAGCAUGAUAAUCUCACCAUGUCUGAGGUCCAGCAUGCGUUGGGGCUCAAGGAUAAGAGGUUGUUUAACACUUGUCUUUACUUUCAUGAGGAGAAUAACCUUGUUGCUGGCGAUGAGUUGAUUACAUCGCUUUUGACGUCUGGGCGCAAGACGGAUUGUGAUGUGUCGCUUACGCUUAUGUUUAUCAACGAUCGGUUACACGUCAACUUUGCAUCUCGACAUCUUUCAACUUCUCACAUUCAGAGUGUUAUGAAUAGUUUUCACUCCGCGCUCACUCAAAUCCUCACGACACCCCAGAAACUCAUCGUGGAGACAGAUCUUCUUACAGAUAGGGACUACGCCCAACUCGUCGUUCAAGACUGGACCACCCAAUCUCAAAAGAUCUCAUCCUGUCUUCAUGAUAUUAUUCUUCAGCAUAGUCUUCUUCGUCCAGACGCAGAAGCUGUUUGUUCCUGGGACGGCGACAUAACAUACGCGCAACUCUCAACGCUCGUCUCACGACUGAAAACAUAUCUCGUCAAUCUCGGUGUCGGGCCUGGAACGAUAGUUCCCGUCGUUCUAGAGAAGAAUCAUUGGGCACCUGUCAUCAUCCUCGCUGUUCUUUCGGCCGGUGCUAGUUUCGCGGCGUUGGAUUCACAGGAUGCUAGUACGGUCAAGUCGACUAUUGAUUACCUCAAUCCACACAUCGUUCUGGCGACUGAGACUGCGUGGAAGGACUUGAGCUCGUUGGCGAUCAAUCUUGUCAUUGUUAACGAUACCUUCUUUGCAAUGCUUACGCCGUAUCUUUCGACGAUGGGACAAGAGGCAAGUCCUGACCAUGCAGCGUGUGUGUUUGUCACGCCCAAGAAAUCGCGGAGUAUUUUCUUCACGCAUUCGUCGUUGCUCUCAGCCUUCUUCGCCCAAGGGCCAGCGCUAAAGCUCAACAGCGAAAGUCGUGUUCUUCAGCUCUCAGCCUUCAACGUCGACAUCUCCCUGGUGGAAAUUCUUGGAACGUUGGUUCACGGUGGUUGUGUCUGUAUUCCUUCACCGCAAGAACGAAGUAACGACAUCGCUAGUGCCAUGGCUCGAAUGGAUGUUACGUGGUCGUACAUGACGAGUCUGAUCGCGAGGAGCAUCCAUCCAGAUUCGGUGCCGAGCCUACGAACGCUGUGCUUUCGGACGAGAAAACUUGAUCCUGAUACGUACAUGCCGUGGCUGGAAGAUCAUGAUAUUCUUCUUGCGUACGGCGCACCGGAUAUUUGUCCCCUCGGUAUUUCAGUAACCGAAGUUGAAAGGGACAACAGUUUGGACGUCAUUACACCACCGGUCACCGGUCGAUUUUGGGUUCUUAAUCCUGAUAAUCACAAGAAACUCAUGCCUGUCGGUGCGAUUGGUGAAUUGGCCAUCGACAGUCCUCUCGUCACGCCUCAUCGCUUUGCAUUGGACAGGCCUCUCGUUGCACCAGAUUUAGACGGUGAUCGACAGAGGCCUCGGUAUCUCAAGACAGGACAUCGUGUACGCUAUCUCGACGAUGGAAACAUCCAGUUCAUUUCCAGCGUUCGCGAUGAAGUUAGAGUCGGCGGCCUGAUGGUCGACGUCGCGCAAGUUGAACAACUCAUGCGUCGUUGUCUAGGCCAGGGCAUUGAUGUGGUCGUUGACUCAAUCACCAUGCGCGACACAGGCCCUUUACUAGCUGCGUUUCUUCAACUUGGUCACGCUAUGCAGCCGAAUGAGAAUCUUCACACCCUCACCCCCGAGACUCGGGAGCGGAUGUACAUUGCCAAGAAGACGUUUGAAGCAUCCCUCGAGAACCCAACGUCCAACACACCCCGUCUUCCACGGCACUCUAUCCCUGCAGUGUUUAUUCCUGUCAGAGCGUUUCCAAUGUCAACGUCUCUGAAAGUCAACCGACGAAAACUCCAGCGCAGCGUCGCUAAUCUCUCAACACAUGAUGUUCUCCUAAUGUCGCACGUUCCUAACCCAGGCGAAAUCCAACGUGUAACUCUCUCGCAGAAACCCCUUCCCCUCACAGGCCCUGAAGAAGCAAUGCGGGAGAUGUGGGCAAACACCCUUGGUAUCUCUGUUUCUGCUGUCAAAGGCUCAAGUACCUUCUCAUCAGUCGGCGGGAACAAGUACCUCGCUGCUCAUCUCGUCAUCACAGCUCGCAAAAGCGGUGUUUACAUUUCACUAUCUGAUCUCUUGGGCGAACGUACACUGACCGAGAUAUGUCGCUCUGCUGAGUCUUCAACAAAGAGACCCUCGGCUCGAAAACAAGUCGCGAGGAAGAUUGAUACCAAAUUCGUCAGGGAAGUCAUCGCGCCGCAGCUUGGAGUUUCUUCACCUGAUGUCCUCGACUUUGCUGAAGCAUCCUCCCAGCAAGUUCGUGCUCUUGAACUGGGAAUGUUUCCAAACAGAGCUGAUAUAAUCUGUCUUGCCCUUCGUUUCAACGGCCCCAUCGAUACAGCGCGUCUAGAAACUGCGUGCAAAGGCCUGAGCGACAUGCACGCUAUUCUCAACGUAGCGUUCAUCACUCACUUGCACACUGUUUAUCAAGUCCACUGCGCUUCUUUCAAGCCCCCGUUCUCAACGAUUUCUUGCAGUACAGGCUCUCUUGAAGAAGUCACGCAGAAUCUCAUCAAGGAGCAUCAAUCUUUGCCUUUUGACCCAACAACCCCUGUCACCAACUUUGCAUUCUUAAAUGCAGAACAGCAAGGAUGCUUGGUUAUUCGUCUGAGUACAUCUCAGAUCGACGAUAUAGCAGCCCACUUACUCGUUCACGAACUUACUUCUCUCUAUGAAGGAGACGAUACGACUGAUGUACCGAGAUCUUCAUAUCUUGACUACACACGCGCUUCACAAGUAACGCGUGCUCAAGGUCUAGAAUACUGGAAUGUUCAACUUGAGAAUGCAAAGAUGACAAAGAUCAUCGCUCACACACGCCCCGUCGCUCCAGCGUCUUUAUCUGAGAUUCGAACGGUAAAACAUACAACGUCUCUAGGCCAUCUAUCCUCCUACGGCAUGACUCCCGACGCAGCGCUCAAAGCAUCAUGGGCCAUCGUCCUCUCUACACUCUCAUCCUCCCACGAUGUUCUCUUCGGCGAAGUAAUACACACUGCAGCCCCUGAUAUCGUCGGUCCCAUGACAAACAUCCUCCCAGUACGAGUUCAAUUCCCGUCUAGUCACAGCACACCCCUCGAUCUCAUGAACUGCAUCCAACUCCAGCGCCAAUCCCACUCUCGCUUUGAAACAUUCGGGUUUCAAGAACUCGUCAACAAAUGCACAAACUGGCGCGCCUGCACACGCUUCAGCAGCGUUGUAGAGCACCACAUUCCUGGGCCGCACGAUGGAUCGUCGACGAUGAAUAUCGACGGUGCGACGUUUACGUACAAGAUGGUAGAAGCGUGGACGAGGGACUUUCCAGAUCUUUUUGUAAGAUCGAGUACCGAGGCGAAUGAUCGUCUUGUUCUGGAGAUCAAGUACUCUGAGGAACGACUCACCACCGCUUUUGUUCAGAAUUGCUUGAGUUUGCUCGUUGCGGCUUGGGAGACUAUCACGCAUCCUGAGACGAUCCAUCAGCCCAUGAUUCACUCAUCAGAUGAGAUUUCGAGAUCACAAAGGCAGAUCCCUUUGCCUGCGAAGCAACCCCCUCAAGGUCCACCAGUUGAAUCGCUCGAUGCGUCUCAACGCAAGGAUCUUCAGGUCUCUAUCGUCAAGGCCUGGGACAAAGUCAUAAAACCCUCUUCCACAAGCAUCCCAAAGGAUAAAAUCCCCACGACACCAUUCUACACUAUUUCUGGCUGCAUUCUUCCCGCACACACCCUCACAGCCGAGCUCAACAACGUCCUCCCCGUUAGCAUCACACUAGAAGACGUUUUGGCCCAUCCAAGCAUGCACGCCCAACUCGAGCUCGUAACACGUCUUCUCCCUCCCAAGUCAGACUCUGGGUCUUUACUCCGCCCAAAGUCCAAAUCCGGUCCUGAGCGCUCAACGACAACAGCACUUCGCAACGGACUACGAAAUCUCAAGAACAGAAAUAGCAUGCUAAGUCUGAAAAGCAGCUGGAUCAAGAACAAGCGUCCCUCAACGGCGCAUUCAGACGAUGAGCCUGUUCCUGUUAUCCCAGAGACGGUGCCGGAAGUACCCGUUCAAGUCCUCUCCCCCAUCCCGAUGAUUGUAAUUCCCGAGAUUGGGUCUUCAGAUACACCCGUUAGUCCAAGUGGGCCAAUGUACGAACUCGACGGUGGCCCUGUCAUCGGCGAUAGGCGAAGUAGCGGAGGAUCAUCGUGGAGAACAGUUGAAGAGGGAAGUCUGAUGAGUCCUGUCAGCCCAGUGAGUCCAGGGCGGAGGGUGUCGACAUGGGGCAGUAUGUUUGAACUGCCCAUGAGAGGGCGAUCGCCAUUUGGAAACAGAUCACCGAGAUGA